AUGUCACAGAUGGUUUGUGAUCUGACUUGGUACUUGCUGCCUUAUUGUGUUGCAGCGUGUCUGUUCCGGUACAAUGCCCUGUCCUUCAUCUACCUCAUCUACCUCCUGCUCAUCCCAUUGUUCCCAGAACCCACCAAAACAACAAUGCGAGGUCACACAGGGCGCCUGCUCAAGUCCCUGUGCUUCACAAGUAUAGCCUUCCUGCUGCUGCACAUGAUCUACCAGGUCACCGUCAACAGUCUGCUAGCAGGAGACAACCUAGAACCCAACUUCAACUGUUCAACAUGGGAGAAGUCGGUUCGACAGCUGGGCUUUGAAAGUGUCCGAGGUGCCGAUGCAGGGAACGGGAUCCGUGUGUUCAUCCCAGACAUCGGCAUGUUCGUGGCGGGCCUGGUCACGUGGCUGCUGUGCCUGAGUCUGGAGGAGAAGCAGCAGGUGAAAGACACGUCGCAGCAGCACAACGCCAAUUGCGAGCCAGAUCAGGUGAAGGGUGGGGAUAGGUUAAGGUCAGAGGACGACCUGGUGUUCGAGGAGGAAUUUGAACACGGGGAUGGAGAGAUGACCGGGGACGAGGAGGAGAGCACUAAGAUGAUAAUCCUUCGUCAGAUAGCGGCGGUGGCGUCCAAAGUCAAGGAGAUCAUUGGGAAUCUUAUUACCACUGCAGGGAAAGUAGUGGUCACCAUAUUACUGGGCCUUACAGGCAUCAUGCUGCCCUCCCUGACCUCUGCGGUGUACUUCUUCACCUUCCUGGGCCUGUGUACCUGGUGGUCCUUCUGUCGGACCUUCCACCCGCUCAUUUUCAGCUGUCUGUGUGUCCUCAUGGCCAUCUUCAGUGCUGGACACCUGGUGGUUCUCUACCUCUACCAGUUCCAGCUCUUCCAGGAGCUCAUCCCACCCGGGGAUAGCUACGCCAGUCUGUUUGGCAUCUCGUCGGUGGUACAGACUGACUGUUCCUACACCUGGAUGUUCCGGGUCAACCCGGCGCUGGCCUGGCACCACUAUGUCAACCCCAUCAUGCUGCUGGUGCUCUACUACACCCUGGCCACGCUUAUACGCCUCUGGCUCCAAGACCCCACAGACAUGGUGUUGAUAGUAACCUCCAACGGGUCUCGUCCGGACUAUGUCCCCACCAGCGGGCCGCUGGGACUGGACCAGUACUCCACACUGCAGUACAAACCAGACCAACCAGGGCCAGACCUGGCAGAGAGAAAGGACAGCAGUGUGUAUGAGGUGGCGGGGGUGCGUGGCGAGGGUUCGGAAGAAGAGACAGCGGGAGGGGCGAUGGCGACUGCGCCAGAGGAGGAGGGGGGAUCGCCACGAGCAAACGCCGCGGUAACAACCUUCAGGUUCAUCAUGAAGCAAAGCUACAUCUGUGCUCUCAUCGCAAUGAUGGCGUGGAGUAUCACCUACGUGAGUUGGCUGACCUUUGUGUUCCUCAUCUGGUCGUGCACGCUGUGGAUGGUGCGUGACCGACGCAAGUACGCCAUGAUCACGUCCCCCUUCAUGGUGUUCUAUGGGAACCUGUUGAUCAUCCUCCAGUACAUCUGGAGCUUCGAGAUCCUCCACCCCGUACCUGGGCUCUUCUUAAAGAAAGAGGUGCCCUUCCGGGAACUGGGCUCCAAGAUGCUGUGUCUGCUUAGUUUCUGGCUGCUGCUGAGACAGGCAUUGACAGAGAGGAAGGAGAGCCAGAGAGAAGAGGAGGUGCUAUUGGACAUCAGGGUCAUCCAUGCCCACAAGAACGGUGAGUCUGUGGAUGAGAGCGGUGGCCACAGGGAGAUGAUGCAGGUGCUAGGCAACACGCUCACGGCCAUGCUGAACAAGUACUGGAUCUACAUCUGCGCUGGCAUGUUCUUCUUUGUCAGCUUCCAGGGACGCAUCGUCAUGUACAAGAUCAUCUACAUGAUGCUGCUCCUAUUCUGCGUGGCCUGCUACCAGGUGCACUAUGAGUGGUGGAGGAGGAUGCUGAAGUACUUCUGGAUGUCUGUGGUGUUCUACACCAUGCUGGUCCUCAUCCUGGUCUACACCUUCCAGUUUGACUCCUCCAUCCACGUCUGGUCCAACAUGACCGGCAUGAGUAAAGACAAACUGGAGGACCUGGGCCUGGAGAAGUUCUCUGUCCCGGCUCUGUUCAUGAGGAUCUUCAUCCCCACCUCCUUCCUGUUGGUCUGCAUCCUCCACCUGCACUACUUCCACCAGCACUUCCUCCUGCUCACUGACAUCAAGACGGUGGCCGACAAACAGAAGAGCACAAUCACUAGGCUGGUGCACCUAGAUGGCAGUCUGGCAGACAUCUCUCUGAUCAAACCCACCCUCACUGUGACCACCAAAGAGGAAGAGGCUGGGGAGAAGGUGCAGCUGGAAGAGGAGGAUGAGAAGGAGGAGAAUAGAAGAUAUGAGGAGGAGGAGGAGAUGAGGAGGUAUGAAGAACCACUGGAGCACUGCAGCAAGGCGGAGAGCUACCCCUGCCCCCCCAAAGCACAACCAGAGUCUCCGGUCGACGAGAUGUCAGACCUGAGGAGUAAGUGGUAUCUGGUGGUGGACCGCCUCACGGUGCUCUUCCUCAAGUUCCUGCAGUACUUCCAGCAGCUGCAACUGACCGUCUGGUGGCUCCUGGAGCUCCACAUCAUCAAGAUUGUCUCCUCCUACAUCCUCUGGGUCUCCAUCAAAGAGGUGUCUCUGUUCAACUACGUGUUCCUGGUGAGUUGGGCGUUCGCCCUGCCCUUCAGUCAGUUCAGGCCCCUGGCAUCCAGCGUCUGUACUGUCUGGACCUGUGUCAUCAUCGUCUGCAAGAUGCUCUACCAACUCACCUCUAUAAACCCCUCUACAUACUCCAACAACUGCUCCAUGCCUCUGAACUACACGGAUGCCCAGAGGAGUGAGAUGGCCCACUCCCUGCUCUACAGCGCCCCGGUGGACCCAGCCAACUGGGUGGGCCUCCGGAAGUUCUCCCCCCUACUGGAGAACCUGAGGAACAACCUGUUGAUACUGGCCCUGCUGGCGUUCGAGGUGACCAUCUACCGUCACCAGGACCUGUACCGCAUGAGGAACAACCUCACCACCCCCGUCACCAGAACCAUCUUCCAUGACAUCACCCGGCAACACCUCGACGACGGCAUCCUCAACUGUGCCAAGUACUUCCUCAACUACUUCUUCUAUAAGUUCGGCCUGGAGACAUGCUUCCUGUUAGCGGUGAACGUGAUUGGCCAGAGGAUGGACUUCUACGCCAUGCUCCAUGCCUUCGGCCUGAUCGCGGUCAUCUACCGGCGGCGGCGAAAGGCCAUUGCUGAGAUCUGGCCCAAGUACAGCUGCUUCCUGGCCUGCAUGCUCACCUUCCAGUACUUUGUCUGCAUCGGCUUCCCACCGGCCGCCUGCAAAGACUACCCAUGGAGGUUCCCCUCAUCCUCCACAGACUCCAACGUCAUCAAGUGGCUCUAUUUCCCUGACUUCCACACCAAGCCCAACCCCCUGUUCCUGCUCUAUGACUUCAUGCUGCUGCUGUGUGCCUCACUGCAGAGGCGGGUGUUUGAGGAGGAGAACGAGGCUGCCGUGCGCCUCUUGGCCGGGGAUAACGUGGAGAUCUGCAGGGACCUGGACGCCGCCUCCUUCAGUCAGCACAACCCUGUUCCUGACUUCAUCCACUGCAGAUCCUACCUGGACAUGCUGAAGGUGAUCAUGUUCAGCUACCUCUUCUGGUUCGUGCUCACCAUCAUCUUCAUCACGGGCACCACGCGCAUCUCCAUCUUCUGUAUGGGCUACCUGGUGGCCUGCUUCUACUUCCUGCUCUUCGGGGGUGACCUGCUGCUCAAGCCAAUCAAAAGUAUCCUGCACUACUGGGACUUCCUGAUUGCCUACAACGUGUUUGUGAUCACCAUGAAGAACAUACUCUCGAUACUAGCCUGUGGGUACAUAAAAGUCCUGGUCACCGAUCACUGUUGGCUCAUUCAGCUCUUCAGCCUGGCCUGCACUAUAAAGGGCUAUUCUAAACCUGAGCAGCACAGCCACAAGCAGUGUGAGUUGCCUAGCGACGAGGCAGGCAUCAUCUGGGAUAGCAUCUGUUUUGCCUUCCUGUUGCUACAGCGACGUGUUUUCAUGAGCUACUACUUCCUGCACGUGGUCGCCGACAUCCGCUCCUCACAGAUCCUGGCCUCCAGAGGGGCUGAGCUGUUCCAGGCGACCAUAGUGAAAGCUGUCAAAGCCAGGAUCGAAGUGGAGAAAAAGUCUAUGGACCUGCUGAAGAGACAAAUGGACCGCAUCAAGAGUCGGCAGCAGAAGUUCAAGAGAGGCAAGGAGAGGAUGUUGAGCUUGGUGCAGGAAAGCGGAGACGCCAAGGAUGAGGAGGAGGAUGAUGAAGAAAAUACCGACAAAGAGAAGAGCAAGGGGAAGACAAAGAAGCAGUGGUGGAGGCCGUGGGUGGACCAUGCAUCCAUGGUGAGAAGUGGUAACUAUUACCUGUUUGAGACUGACAGUGAAGAAGAGGAGGAAGAGGAGGAUAAAAAGGAGGAAGAUUCACCCAAGAAGUCUGCAUUUCAGAGAGCAAUCCGAAAGUUUGCCUCUGCCUCGUUGGCUUUACCAAAGUCUAUCAUUAAGCUGCCCAAAACUGCUCUGCAGUAUAUAAUGAGGGCAGCCAAGUUUGUGUACCAUGCCUGGAUCACCGACUCCAAGACGGCUAUGAAGGAGCGCAGCAAGGAGAAACGCCGCUUCUGGAAGAAAUACACUGAAGGGAGCAGCAGCAAGCCACGGGAAGAGGACCUGAGGGAAGGUAUGGAGGAGGACCCAACUGUUCAUGUUGCUGUUGAAGUGGAGGAUCAGAAGGAGAUGGAGGAGAAGAAAGACGGACCAGACAACAUCCUGAAGCGAGUCUUCAACAUCGUCAAAUUCUCCUGGGUGUUGUUCCUGGCCAUGUUGGACAGUUUCACAGCCUGGAUCAACUCGAUGUGUCAGGAACACCUGGACAUCUCCACCGUGCUGCGCAUUGAGCGCUGCAUGCUCACGCACGAGGUCAAAAAGGGGAACAAGCCUUCGCGGGAGAGCAUCCACGUGUACUACCACAAGCAGAUGUGCAAGGCUGCGUCCAUUGAGUCUGGCCUGGAGAGAACCGAGGAGGAGACGUGCCAGGACUGCAUCCCCCACAAGGCCGAGCGGCAGAGCUGUGCCUAUCUGGAGAGCCAAGACCCUAUGGUGUCUCAUGACAGCCUGUCCAGUGCGUACACAGAGAACACCCUGCUCUGCUCCUGUCGUUCCACACUGGACCACACUGAUAUGGGUCCUGACAGCAUCCAGAUGCCCAGGACCAGCGAGCGUGCCCAUCCUAAACUCUGCAAGAUGGAAGGCCUAGACCUUGAGUCCACCUCCUCAACCGACAGCAGAGACAGCCAGGCCAGUGAGCACACCCAGUGCACAGCCACCUGCUCCUGCCAGGGGACCACCAACACCAUCAAAGUGACAGGAGAGGAUGAGCUCCAGCUCUACCAGGCAGACCUCUCCGGUACCACCCCCACAGACACAGACAUCCCCCCCUCAUACAGCAGGGCCACGGGCCUGGACAGGGAGGGGGCCGAGCAGAGGCUAGUUGUGGUGACGCCCGACGAGAAGUCAGAUUUUCUGUCGGGGGUCACGAGCACCACGUUUCCCUCGCUCACCCACGAGCUGACCGCCAGCGAUCUGCUACGCAAUAGGAUGUUCUACGACGAGGAGCUGGAAGACUCUGAGCGUUUCUACGGCAACCAGCCGGCGCUGCUCCAGCUGCUCUAUGCUCUCUACAACAUGCUGGUGGCCCACUCAGAGAUGGUGUGUUUCCUGGUCAUCAUCCUCAACCACAUGAUCUCAGCGUCCGUGGCCACGCUCGUUCUGCCCAUCCUCAUCUUCCUCUGGGCCAUGCUGUCUGUCCCAAGGCCCAGCAAACGCUUCUGGAUGACCGCCAUCGUCUACACAGAGGUCACCAUCGUGAUCAAGUACUUCUUCCAGUUUGGUUUCUUCCCCUUCAACCAGAACAUUGAGCUGGACAUGUCCAAACCCUUCCACCCUCCCAACAUCAUUGGUGUGGAGAAGAGGGAGGGAUACGUGCACUAUGAUCUGGUUCAGCUGCUAGCUCUGUUCUUCCACAGAUCUAUUCUCAAGUGUCAUGGGCUGUGGGACGAGGAUGACCCCAGGGGAGCAGGGGGAGAAACCCCUAAGCAGCACCACCCUGACAGGGAGAAGAGGUCCAGCUCCAGGCGUGUGGAGAAGCAGGCCUCGGGGGGCAGUAGCUCCCUGCUGGAAUCGGUACGCGCCCGCUUCCCCCGCCGCUUCCACUCCCUGUCCACCUCCACCCAGCUGCGCCGCAAGAGCUCCAGCGCCGCCUCCCACCUCUCCCAGCGCACCCUGCGCUCCGGCCACUCCAGAGGAGACAGUGUGAGCUCAAGGCAGAGCCUACGGAGAGGGGACAGUGUGCGGAGUGUCCAGCAGAGGAGCAAGAAGGAGAAGAUCCUGGACAAACUCAGAGAGCAGCUCAUCAAAGCCAAGAGCUUCAUUGUCAAGAAAACUCUAGAGAUGUACAUCCCCAUCCGUCAGUUCUUCUACAACCUGAUCCACCCAGAGUACAGUGCUGUGACAGACGUCUAUGUGCUCAUGUUCCUGGCCGACACUGUGGACUUUAUCAUCAUCGUCUUCGGCUUCUGGGCUUUUGGGAAACACUCUGCCGCAGCUGACAUCACUUCCUCCCUGUCGGAGGACCAGGUUCCCGAGGCCUUCCUGGUGAUGGUACUGAUCCAGUUUGGCACCAUGAUCAUCGACCGAGCACUCUACCUCCGCAAGACUGUCAUGGGAAAAGUCAUCUUUCAGGUCAUCCUGGUGUUCGGCAUCCACUUCUGGAUGUUCUUCAUCUUGCCUGGAGUCACAGAAAGACGGUUCAGUAAGAACACAGUGGCUCAGCUGUGGUACUUUGUCAAGUGCAUCUACUUUGGCCUGUCGGCCUAUCAGAUCCGCUGUGGCUACCCCACCCGUGUCCUGGGCAACUUUCUCACCAAGAGUUACAACUACCUCAACCUAUUCCUCUUCCAAGGGUUCCGCCUGGUCCCGUUCCUGACAGAGCUGCGAGCGGUGAUGGACUGGGUGUGGACGGACACCACUCUCAGCUUGUCCAGCUGGAUCUGUGUAGAGGACAUCUACGCUCACAUCUUUGUUCUCAAAUGCUGGAGGAUGUCAGAGAAGAGGUACCCCCAGCCUCGCGGGCAGAAGAAGAAGAAGGUGGUGAAGUAUGGGAUGGGAGGUUUGAUCGUCAUGCUGCUCAUCUGCAUCGUUUGGUUCCCCCUGCUUUUCAUGUCGCUGGUCAAGUCCGUGGCCGGGGUGGUCAACAAACCUCUGGACGUAUCGGUCACCAUCACCCUGGGAGGCUUUCAGCCCAUCUUCACUAUGAGUGCCCAGCAAAAUCAACUGAAGGACAUCAGCAAAGCAGAUUUUUCAGACUUCAUGAAUUCGUACAACUACAUUCCGUCAGCGAUGCAGUUCUUGGAGGCAUACACGUCAGAGGAUGUGACUGUGGCGGAGCUGGAGGGCAGUUCCAAUUCCUUAUGGACCAUCAGCCCCCCCAGCAGGAAGAACCUUAUGGAUGUUCUCAGCAAGGAGGAAUACUUCCCUGUCACCAUGUCCUGGACCAUCCAGAGGAAUCUCAGUCUUGGAGCCAAAGCUGAAGUUGCGACAGAUAAACAUGUAGCAUACCUUGAUAUGACAACACGACAAGAGUUAGUAGAUCUACUGAAUGGGACCAGAAACCAGGCUGUGGUCAUAGCACAAGUCUUCCCAUGCUUCCUCAGAGCUCCCAGUGACUCCAAUGCCAAACCUAUAGAACAACUCCAUAAAGACAAUGGCUACAAGAACAUCCUGCUCGACCUGGAGAGAACCCACAACAGCAGUGGUGAGAUCCAGGAGUGGUGGAUCGUAGACCAGCCAUCGGCGGGACAGAUCCAGAUGAGGGGUGCGGCGGUGGGGAAGAAGAGAGAGGCAGGCCUCCAGCUCUACGUGUUCAGUGACAAAGUCAGCCCGCCCAGUCUGGGCUUCCUGGCAGGAUACGGGAUCAUGGGCCUGUAUGCGUCGGUGGUGCUGGUCAUCGGCAAGUUUGUGCGCGAGUUCUUCAGCGGCAUCUCCCAUUCCAUCAUGUUCGAGGAGCUGCCCGCCGUGGACCGCAUCUUGAAGCUGUGUACCGACAUCUUCCUGGUCAGAGAGACGGGCGAGCUGGAGCUGGAGGAAGACCUAUAUGCCAAGCUCAUCUUUCUCUACCGCUCACCAGAGACUAUGAUCAAGUGGACCAGGGACCAAAAAACUAAAUGACAGUGCCACCUAGUGGGGGGCAGAGACAUGAAAAAAGCACAAUCCAGCAGGAAGUCGCUAGUUCGCUACGCUCCCUGUAUUUUGGUGGGAUGGUAAUAAGGGACCCUCUCCCUAUCAAGCCUGCCAAGAAAAACAAUGACCUAUACAUGAAAGGUGACUUUGAAGAACAGCGGUGGCUGGUGGCACUUUAAAUUAGGAGGACGCGCUCAUAGUAUGGCUCAUGGCUGGAACGGAAUUAAUUUAGUGGUAUCAAACACCUGGUUUCCAUGCAUUAGAUACCAUUCCAACCAUUAUUAUGAGCCGUCCUCCCCUCACCAGCCUCCUCUGUAAGAAGCAGUUUUUUGUUUGUACUCGUUUAGUACAACUCUGAAGAAUUGCAGCCAUCAGUCAGUGUGUUUGAGAUGUCACAGACAGACAGGGAGACAGACUGCAGCUGUCCUGCCUGCCUCCAGACGUCUGGCCUUUUUCCUAUUGGGAAAUAUGAACCAAGGGUUGUGCAAUAUACUGAUAGCUGGCUGUAAACUUGAACAGACAUGUUUUCUUGAGCUAACACGGGAGAAGGGAAAAGCGAAGAGAAGUGGGCAGCGACUGAGAGACACUAGACACUUUGAUUUUCCAAGAUAUUUCCCUUUACAGUAGCCUACCUGGAAGUGCUUUGGCUUUUCCAGCAAGACAACGACAAGAGGUUGAAGACAACCCACUGGGCACACACUGGUUUAAUCAACGUUGUUUCCAUGUAAUUUCAAUAAAAUUACGUUGAACCAACGUGUAAUAGACGUUGAAUUGAUGUCUUCGCGCAGUGGGAAGUUACAAUAAUUUGUUGCAGUUAUUUUGUUUCUACAGAGUAUUCAAGGGAGCUGUGGCACACAUUUCCUGAGAACGAUGUCUAUCAUCUCACCAGAAAGGGAUUACGUUUUUGGUUUUGUUUGAACCUGUAGUACACCUAGGAAAGAGAAACAAUAAAGGGAAAAACAGUGAUGUGAUGAACACUGUAUAGAGCAUAGAAUGAUAUUUCUAUAUUAUGGAGCAUGUCCAUCUUGAUGGAGCCCCUAUAAAGACCUAUGAAUUGAGGGCCUAAAUACAGAUACUGUCGUUGACGUGUGUAACAUGUGUCGGUUAUAUUUGAUUGCUUGAAAACCCCUUGUUUUUGACAUUGCAUGUUAGUGUUAUUUUAAAUGUACAAGUUCAUAUGUUCAACCAAAAUGUGAUCAAGGUCAUCAAAUCUAUGCAUAGGAAAAUGCAGCACCAUGUGUAAGUGAAUAGAUUGUUUUCAUGUGUAAGGAAUCUAGUUUGUGACGUUAUCGAGGUUCAGUGACCUGAAUGUAACAAAUGUUUGAAAGCUGACCUGCUGCCAUUUUAUUCCAUUCCAUGACUUGAUUCAGUAA